AUCACUAGGUUGAACCCAUCAUGGAUGGAACCGCUGUCUCUGUGGUCCAGCCUCUUCCCGGCCGUGUUAACCCUUCCUCAACCCGCCGCUCGACUUCUACUAGGGUUACGGUUACGUCAAUUGACCAGACGUCAUGGAAGGCUGGGAAACGGUCUCGGAUCACAUCCCCCCCAUCUUCAACGACCUAUAACGCUAGCUCUACUCCCCCUUCCUUGCAGAUCACGAAAACCAAUAACUCUAAGGGAUAUGGGUCUAAACUCUCACCUUCAUCGCUGAUUAAACCAUCGCCCAGAAAGCGACGAAGGCUAGCUGCCGACGUUGUCACUUCGGUUGCCGCAGUCACCACAACAUCAGACGACCUUUGGCACAACCCUUCUGAUGCCAGCUGGGACCACCCCGUUCCUUCGGGGCCCCCUGGUUACGCUCUAGAGCCGAUCGUAUCAGAUGCGGCAAGAGACCACUUCAGCCUAUCUUCUCGCACCCUCGCACAGGAGCAGGGUCCGCAUGCGUAUGACUGGCCUUACAACUUCAACCGGUUAACUUCAAGUGGCAGCAGUAGCCAGCCUUCGUUAUUCCCUUCGCCACUCCCGCCUUAUCUAACCACGCAAGGACCCUCAUCAUAUCAUAAUAUUCCGGCAGAUUAUCUGGCAUACCAUACAUUGGCGACGACUCCCAACUACCCUGUUUACCCUUUACCUCCUUUUGGCUUGAACGGUUUGAACACACCGGACAUGUUGUUAGAGUAUCGACUCCGUCGAGACAGUGGUGUCUCCUCUCAAGAGCGAAAACCUCCCUGGUCCGGGCCCCUACCUUUGAGAGGGCGUGAUAUAGGUAAUCCAGACGAAGCUUUGGAAGAAGGAUGGAUAGAAGUAGAGAGACCGGUAGACGUGCCGGUAGAGGUACCGACGGAGGAGCUAGUAAAGAGGGACAGCGCCAGCGACUACGACAGUAUCCGGGAGUCUCCCAACCUCUCAGAAGAAGGCAGCCCUAGAUUAGAAGAAAGCUCGUGGGAAGCUGUCGGUAAAUAUGAUAUUCCACAGGAUAGAAACUCCCCGACACCUCAUCCCGAGGGGCGUUCUCGAUCACACCUGAGUGACCAGCACCGCAAGGAGACUGGCAAUACCCGAAAGCUAAAGUGCAAGGCCGAUCCGGAAGACCCCCGAGGCGUCGAUUGCCUGACCUGCCGUGAUAUCAACUUGGACUCGAAGAAGGUCAUUCAUAGGCUUCAGUGUCUGCGAUGGAAGCUUGCCGAAGUCAUCCUCUUCCGCGAUGGUGGCCUUGAGCUCACAAAACGAUGGGUUGGGACUAAGAUGAAAGAUCUGGGGCCGCGAGAUUGGGUUCAUAGCAGUGAGUUCCGUACGAUCAAGAUAGUUAUGGGAAGCAGUCAUCCGAUGGUAUUGAAGGUCAAGAAGUUCACGCCUAACGAGACGGAUAUUACUUGGAAAAACUGGGUUGAUGCGAAAGGGGAUAAGCAUAGAAUCGACAUUGAGCCUUACGCCCUCGCGAGCAUCUGGGAAACUUCUAGGAGUUACGAGGAGUAUCUAUACGACUAUGCGCGUUCGGCUGUGCGAGAGUAUGCCAAUGAUCUCAAAGUCGCUGAACUGGUUCGGACGACUUACAGAGCUGCCUUGGACUAUGCUCAGAGUUGUAAGGAUAUGUCCCCUCGUAUAAGAAUAGAAGAAAUAAAGAAUGGGAUUUUACUCGAACAGUAUUUCUACUUGUGGUUUGCGACAAGGAAUACUCUGAGAUCAGCAUUUAUCGUGGGAGAGGAGACGCUGGAUAUGAAGCCAAUAGAUAACAUCGAAUGUCCGUACCAUGGGACGAUACCGGUACCGCGAAUGAUCCCGGCGCAAUUCGACUCCCUUGGACACCGGAUACUUACGCGAUCCAGAAAGCUCGUGCUUGAGAAUUUAUGGAAGGUGAUGGCGGGCAAGAAUCCCCACCACUUCUACUUUGUUUAUCUGACCGUGUUCAUGCUUCUCCACGAAGCUUCGUUCACAUGUGCCGACAGGCUACGCCGGGCCAAAGAAAACAAAUACGCGAAAUACCGAUAUGAUCUGGCGAAAUUUGUCGAGGAGCUCCAAGAGGGAGCGAACAACAUCCUUAGCCACUGGCAUUACUACAAACGGGACGUGAAUGACUUGAUGCCGGAGGCAGGAUCCGAGGACAAGAAGAAUGCAGUUUGGGGAACCUUAAAGGCCAACGAGACGAGUCUCUUGGUCGAAACGCGCAACGCCUACGGACAAUUGGCGGGGGAUAGUUUAGAAUGGGAGGAUGACCUCUAUUUCGUGUCGCAAAUGUUUGAAGAAAACUGGCGUCCGGGUAAGACCUUCAGCCGGUAGAAAGGGGUCGAACCUCACGCGUACGUUAGCAUAUAAUUAGGUACCUAGGUGCCUAAGUACCUGGUAACUAUGUAUCUAUCGUAUAUCGAUUGGUACCUAUGUGAUGAUAUGGUAUAGGUAUGUCGUGGGAGACGUUGGUUGGUAGUGAUGGGCGAAAGAUUUUAAGAGAGAAAAAAAAGAAAAAAAAGGAGGAGAGAAAAAUAUAAAAGUGAUGGUUGCUACUAGUCGGUAUACUUCUGUAUGGGUCUAAGCUGUUAGUUUUUCAAGGAAAAUAUCAUUGAAUUACCUGAAUAAAAUUGAACGAUCUACUGCGAUUAAUGGACUUGGUUAAGUUUCGAUAUUAAA